AUGGCGUCGUACGAUAGUCAAAACCUUCUCCCCGGCAACGGUGGCCGGAUAAAUGGAGGCAACAUUAGCGUCGUUAGCAGCCGUAGCGGUGCAACGACAGCCCCGCACAAUGAGACAGAAAAGGCUCCGUUCUUGGAAAAAAUGGAACCGGUGCGGCUUACACCGGCCUGGGAAGAGCACAAUCUUCCGAACGAUGAGCUCAACUUCAGGGGGAUGACAAUGGAGCGGGCCAAGAUGGAGUUAAAUCCACCGCGCGACAAACUACGACUCGUCUUUCUCACACUGAUGAUCCACGGCAUCGGUACGCUAAUGCCCUGGAACAUGUUCAUCACUGCCAAAUCAUAUUUUGUAGAUUAUAAGCUAAGUCAAAACUACACGGGCGUCGAGUUAGAAUAUGGAACGUACUUUCUCGCGUACGUUGGAUUUGCUUCCCAGGUUCCAAACCUUCUGUUUAAUUGGCUCAACAUUUUUAUGAACCUUGGUGGCAAUCUCACGAAACGGAUCGUUUACAGCAUUCUCAUAGAGGUGAUCGUCUUUGUCGUUACGGUAGUGCUGGCCAUGAUCAACUCGUCCGAAUGGCCCGGUGCAUUCUUCUGGAUCACGAUGACCACAGUGGUGAUAUUGAACAUGGCUGGUGGAAUUUAUCAAAACACCGUGUACGGGAUGGCCGCAAAGCUACCGUUCAAGUAUACGGGCGCAGUCGUUCUUGGUUCGAACAUUAGCGGCACGUUUGCGUCAAUCAUCUCGAUUCUCAGCUCACAGUUUGCAUCCUCCGUGAGGACGGCAGCCAUCUAUUACUUCAUUACCGCAAUGUUUGUGCUGUUGCUUUGUUUCGACACAUACUUUGCGCUACCAUUGAACAAAUUCUAUCGCUACCAUGAGCUGCUCAAGGAAAAGGAAAUCGAAUCGAACCAACGGGCAAAUGUGGGUUCCCGUCCACCGUACUGGACCAUCUUUAAACAAGCGUUCCCGCAGCUAUUCAACGUGUUCUUCGUGUUUUUCAUCACCCUGGCCGUGUUUCCGGCCGUGCACUCCGACAUCAAGCGCUCGGAUAGCAACUUCAUCAUCGAGGACGAUCUGUUCGUGAGUAUCUGCUGCUUCCUGACGUUCAACGUGUGCGCCAUGCUCGGUAGCCUGCUGACGUCCUGGGUAACCUGGCCCAAGCCCAAGUACCUGGUAUGGCCCGUAGUAUUGCGGGCAGCCUUUCUGCCACUGUUCCUCUUCUGCAACUAUCAGCCGCUCAACAUUUCGCGCGUCCUGCCCGUCUACAUCGAUCACGACUGGGUGUACUGGGGUAUCGCGAUCGUGAUGGCCUUCAGCUCCGGAUACUUCAGCUCGCUCGGUAUGAUGUACGCACCGCAAUCGGUGGAACCGCAGUACGCAAUGACGGCCGGCAUGUUUGCGGCCGCCAUGCUUAUUACCGGUAUCUUUACCGGCAUUCUGUUCUCGAUGGUGUUUCCAAUGGUGGUACAGUAUAACUUCCUCGAAUGGCUUCACUAG